AUGCCAAGUCAAGUAAUUAACCACGCGCAACCAUUCAUAAAACCACCAUUCCCGCCGUCAAUUGAACCACGUGAUCUAUUGAAAAAAGGAAUUUUGUGUAAGGCUCCGAACGCUUUUAUCAUUUAUCGAAAAGUAUUCAUAACUACCGCUAGAUCCGAUGGGUAUAACUUACCAAUGACCGUUAUCUCUUCAAUGGCUUCUCAAUCUUGGGAACAAGAACCUGAUGAUGUUAAAGCUGAAUACAAACGAAUCGCCAAGGAGACUUUUAAUCUUCGUAACGAUAUGUUACCAAAAUCUGUUCGUCGUCGUAAGCGUGAAAAAUGGAACAUCGUAUCUUUUGAAGAUAAUGUUGAAAAAUUUGGACUUCGCAACGAAUCAAUAAAGAUCAAAUCGAAAACAACCAAACAUAAAAAAUCUGCUAGCAAGGAUAGCCUGAAAGUGCCACGACGUAACGAAUUACCUUUAUCUCCCGUUUCAUCACCCGAACCUAUUUCGACGGAACCGAGUCCUAUAAUCACUCCAGAGGCUUCUCCUUUGAUCCUACCAAAGGUUUCAUCUAGAACGUCUCAUUCGCUGUUCGUGAAUUAUAAUUGUGAGGAAUUAACCCAAUGUAUGAUUCCAUCUCCAAAAAAGACGACAUUCGAUGAAGCUUUUGGAACGGAACGUAAAAAUUGGUUACAAAGUCCAGAAUCUUCAAUUGGUUCUCCCGAGAGUGAUAAACGGUACUUGAUUGAUUUUGAAUCGCCGACUCCUCUUUUCGUUGAACCUCCCAUGAUUUCACAAUUUGAUGAACAAAUUGAUUUGAUGUUGGACCAAUCAUCUCAACAAUUCAAUCUUGGGAUCAAUUCAGAUAAUCUGUUUAAUGAAAUUUAUUCGGAUUUUUUAUUUGAUGUUUCAACAGAAAACCGUCAGAGUUCUAACUUAUUCCCUUCACAAAAUUUUUUAACCACUGAAUUUUCAUAUUAUAGUUAA